GGACUUUAUAAAUGCAUGGUGUUCUUGAUCUCUGAGGUUCAAACCUGCCUUUUGCGAGAUCAUCGAUGAUGCAAACUGGUCUAUUUAAGAGACGGUCAUCAGCUUAAGUUUGCAUAUCAUUAUUUUCCAUCCUAUCGAUUAACAUCCUUCAACAAUUCCAUUAUGACACCAAAUAACAUGAGAGCCUUGCGACUCGUAGAGUACAACGCCCCCUACAAGUUAGAGGAAAUCCCUGUCCCUACCCUCGGCAAGCAUGACUUGCUCGUGAAGGUUGGAGCGGCGGGAUUCUGUCACACUGAUUACCAAGUGUAUGAAGGAGUGUACAAAUCGCCUAUUCCUAUGACUCCAUCCCACGAGCCUGUGGGCACUAUUGUCGCCGUGGGUGAAAAUGCCACGGGAAAUUGGAAAUCUGGUCAACGAGUUGGCGUCUUAACAUUCCGGCAUGCGUGUCACUCAUGCGUUGGCUGUGAGGUAUCUCGUGAUCCCUUGAGACCCCUCGAGCCAGAUACUCGCUUUUGCGAGGAGAAGAACAUGGCCGGUAUCAAUGCUGACGGUGGCUUUGCUGAAUACAUCAUUGCCGACUCCGCCACCUCCGUACUUUUGCCAGAUGGACUGCCCUUUGAACAAGCGGCACCUCUAAUGUGUGCCGGUGCUACCGUGUGGACAGGCCUUGAGGCCGCAGGUUUGAAGGCAGGGCAAUCAGUUGGAGUAAUUGGAAUUGGUGGGCUGGGCAGCUUGGCUCUGCAGUUUGCGGCUGGAUUGGGCCUUCGAGUUGUUGCCAUUGACAACCGAUCUGAAGGCCUUGAUCUGGCUCGAGAAGUUCCUGAGCAUUUGAGACCAGCCCAAAUUAUUGACUACAAUGAUCCUGAGGCGACGAAGAAGAUUGUCGCGUUUGCCGGAGGUGGCGGCCUCGCCGGUGUGGUGAUCUGUACCGAUAACGUCGAGGCGACUGAAUGGAGUCUGAAGCUACUCCGGCCGCAUGGUGUCUGUGUUCCGCUGGGCCUUCCUGAAAGCGGGUUCAGAUUCUCCGCAUUUGACAUCAUGUUCAAGGAAUUAGUGGUGAAAGGAAGUCUUGUCGCAAACCAACGGCUAGUUUCUGAUAUGAUGAAUUUUGUCGCCAAAAAUGGGGUACGGUCCCAUGUGCAGACUAUUCAGCUCGAAGAAGGUACGAACCUUCCGGGUCGCUACAUGAAUCCGCAAUUGAAAGGCAGGCUUGUUGUGACUAUGUAA